AUGGCUUCCACCCUAUGUUACAGCUGCAAAUCCUCCCGCGCCCUCAUAAUCAGACCCAAGAACAGACACAAGCUUUGCAAACUGUGCUUCCUGGAACUUUUCGAACAGGAGAUUCAUGAUACCAUCGUCUCCAAAGCCCUUUUUUACCCCGGUGAAAGGGUUGCCAUCGGCGCAAGUGGUGGCAAGGACAGCACGGUUCUUGCCUCUGUGCUCAAAACGCUGAAUGAGCGCCACAACUAUGGACUGCAUCUCACACUGCUCUCCAUUGACGAGGGAAUCAAAGGAUACCGAGAUGACAGCUUGGAAACGGUCAAGCGCAACGCGGCGCAAUAUUCUAUGCCAUUAGAAAUAGUGGGGUACGAUGAAUUGUAUGGAUGGACAAUGGAUCAAGUGGUUGCAGAGGUUGGGAAGAAGGGAAACUGCACGUACUGCGGGGUGUUUAGACGACAAGCGCUCGACCGUGGAGCCGCGAAGCUCGGAAUUAAGCAUGUCGUUACAGGACACAAUGCGGAUGAUGUCGCUGAGACAGUGAUGAUGAAUCUAUUGCGCGGUGAUCUUCCACGACUAUCUCGGGCAACGAGCAUCGUGACGGAGUCGUCGGCGAGUGACAUCAAGCGGAGUAAGCCACUCAAAUAUGCCUACGAAAAGGAAAUUGUUUUGUACGCCCAUCAUAAGAAAUUGGAUUAUUUUAGUACGGAGUGUAUCUAUUCGCCGGAGGCGUUUAGAGGGAGUGCGAGGACGUUGAUUAAAGAUCUGGAGAAAGUGCGCCCAAGUUCUAUACUGGAUAUCGUUCGAAGCGGAGAGGACAUGGCAAGGCUCGUGCCUCCAGAAAUAAGUAGUUCAGGCAAACAUAUUCCUCAUACAUCUGUUGCUGCGCUUGAGGGAGAUGCAGAAGAUUAUUCUACCGGAGGCUGUGGAAGCCAAAAUGGACCGCCGAAUGGCAGAGAAUUGGUGGAUAUAGAAAAGGAUCUAUCAGAAGAUCAAACAACGGCCACUCAUGAAAUCCAGAUUUUACCAACUAAAAAACCUCACGGUGUUAGAGGGCCCGGCCAAAAGCCGCUGAAAUUACAAACCAUGGGGCGUUGCGUACAGUGUGGGUAUCUUGCUAGCCAGAGGAUAUGCAAAGCCUGCAUGCUACUCGCGGGAUUGAAUAAGGGGCGGCCGAAGACUUCGAUCGAAGUAGCCGUGGGGGAGAAAGCAGCACAACACUUGUGA